AUGGGUAUGUAUUAGCUGAUGUAUAGAUUGCAUUGUUCUUUUGGUAACUACUAGUGUAUCAGUUGCUUCGGCCCUCAAGCCAAAGGCUUGUGUUGUUAGCUAGCUACAAUAGCAAAUAUUUGUUUAACUAACCCAAGCUAGAUAGACCAGAGCCUGUCGUUUCCAAUGGGAGAAAAUGAAUCAUAGUGGGCAGAACAAAGCAAGGAGGUGGGCGGAGGCAAGCACGAGUUAUUGACAUCCUAUUGGCGCAUUCCUAACAUUUAUUUGCAUAUUUCCGUUAGGGAACGCCUACGCUGUGAAGUGCGCAAUAACUCAAUUCGCCCUUGCACUCCUUCGAAAUAAUGUUUUACGACAUUGGCAAAGUCUACAAAACGCAGUCCACUCUGUUUGUUUACAGAUUCUAGUUUUUGGAAACAAGUGUAUGGAGAUCAAACGAUCAAAAGGAAAUAAGUAUUGUCUGAAUUUUUCCGGAGGCGAAGGACACUUUGUCUACCGGUGUCCUAGCUAGCUACCGAUGUCGCCCCUGCCUCCCGCCUGUUGUGUACCGGAGUCCUCCUAGCUAGCUAGCACAGUGGCCUUCGCUCCCGCCUGCCCUCACCAUCAUUAACAGAAAAGCAGUGCUCCAACAGGCAGGGGUGAAGGAGACUAUCUACUGGUGUCCUAGCUGGCUAGCUACCUAUCCCGCCUGCUGUUUGCCAGAGUCCUAGCUAGCUAGCACACAGAGUCCCUCGCUAACGCUUCCUGAACACCUGCCCUUGCCGUCGUUAAAAGAACUGCAGGAAAACAGUGUCCAACAGGCGGGGGCGAAAUACACGGUCCUAGCUAGCCAGCUACCAUUGUCGCCCCCAGCUUCUUCUUCUUCUGUGGGGUCUAUCGGCAUCCAACGCUAUGGUUCAUUACUGCCACCUCAAAUCAAAUCAAAUCAAAUUGUAUUGGUCACAUGCGCCGAAUACAACAGGUGCAGACAUUACAGUGAAAUGCUUACUUACAGCCCUUAACCAACAGUGCAUUUAUUUUAAACAAAAAAGUAAGAAUAAAACAACAACAAAAAAGUGUUGAGAAAAAAGAGCAGAAGUAAAAUAAAGUGACAGUAGGGAGGCUAUAUAUACAGUAAAAUAAAGUGACAGUAGGGAGGCUAUAUAUACAGGGGGGGUACCGUUGCAUAGUCAAUGUGCGGGGGCACCGGCUAGUUGAGGUAGUUGAGGUAAUAUGUACAUGUGGGUAGAGUUAAAGUGACUAUGCAUAAAUACUUAACAGAGUAGCAGCAGCGUAAAAAGGAUGGGGUGGGGGGGGCAGUGCAAAUAGUCCGGGUAGCCAUGAUUAGCUGUUCAGGAGUCUUAUGGCUUGGGGGUAGAAGCUGUUGAGAAGUCUUUUGGACCUAGACUUGGCACUCCGGUACCGCUUGCCGUGCGGUAGCAGAGAGAACAGUCUAUGACUAGGGUGGCUGGAGUCUUUGACAAUUUUGAGGGCCUUCCUCUGACACCGCCUGGUAUAGAGGUCCUGGAUGGCAGGGAGCUUUGCCCCAGUGAUGUACUGGGCCGUACGCACUACCCUCUGUAGUGCCUUGCGGUCAGAGGCCAAGCAGUUGCCAUACCAGGCGGUGAUGCAACCAGUCAGGAUGCUCUCGAUGGUGCAGCUGUAGAAUUUUUUGAGGAUCUGAGGACCCAUGCCAAAUCUUUUUAGUCUCCUGAGGGGGAAUAGGCUUUGUCGUGCCCUCUUCACGACUGUCUUGGUGUGUUUGGACCAUGAUAGUUCGUUGGUGAUGUGGACACCAAGGAACUUGAAGCUCUCAACCUGUUCCACUACAGCCCCGUCGAUGAGAAUGGGGGCGUGCUCAGUCCUCUUUUUUUUCCUGUAGUCCACAAUCAUCUCCUUUGUCUUGGUCACGUUGAGGGAGAGGUUGUUGUCCUGGCACCACACGGCCAGAUCUCUGACCUCCUCCCUAUAGGCUGUCUCAUCGUUGUCGGUGAUCAGGCCUACCACUGUUGUGUCGUCGGCAAACUUAAUGAUGGUGUUGGAGUCGUGCCUGGCCAUGCAGUCAUGGGUGAACAGAGAGUACAGGAGGGGACUGAGCACGCACCCCUGAGGGGCCCCCGUGUUGAGGAUCAGUGUGGCAGAUGUGUUGUUACCUACCCUUACCACCUGGGGGCGGCCCGUCAGGAAGUCCAGGAUCCAGUUGCAGAGGGAGGUGUUUAGUCCCAGGAUCCUUAGCUUAGUGAUGAGCUUAGAGGGCACUAUGGUGUUGAAUGCUGAGCUGUAGUCAAUGAAUAGCAUUCUCACGUAGGUGUUCCUCUUGUCCAGGUGGGAAAGGGCAGUGUGGAGUGCGAUAGAGAUUGCAUCAUCUGUGGAUCUGUUGGGGCGGUAUGCAAAUUGGAGUGGGUCUAGGGUUUCUGGGAUUAUGCUGUUGAUGUGAGCCAUGACCAGUCUUUCAAAGCACUUCAUGGCUACAGACGUCAGUGCUACGGGUCGGUAGUCAUUUAGGCAGGUUAUCUUAGAGUUCUUGGGCACGGGGACUAUGGUGGUCUGCUUGAAACAUGUUGGUAUUACAGACUCAGUCAGGGACAUGUUGAAAAUGUCAGUGAAGACACUUGCCAGUUGGUCAGCACAUGCUCGGAGUACACGUCCUGGUAAUCCGUCUGGCCCUGCGGCCUUGUGAAUGUUGACCUGCUUAAAAGUCUUACUCACAUCGGCUACGGAGAGCGUGAUCACAUAGUCGUCCGGAACAGCUGGUGCUCUCGUGCAUGCUUCAGUGUUGCUUGCCUCGAAGCGAGCAUAGAAGUGGUUUAGCUCGUCUGGUAGGCUUGUGUCACUGGGCUGCUCGCGGCUGUGCUUCCCUUUGUAGUCUGUAAUAGUUUUCAAGCCCUGCCACAUCCGACGAGCGUCAGAGCCAGUGUAGUAUGAUUCAAUCUUAGACCUGUAUUGACUCUUUGCCUGUUUGAUGGUUCGUCGGAGGUCAUAGCGGGAUUUCUUAUAAGCGUCCGGGUUAGAGUCCCGUUCCUUGAAAGCGGCAGCUCUACCCUUUAGCUCAGUGCGGAUGUUUCCUGUAAUCCAUGGCUUCUGGUUGGGGUAUGUACGUACGGUCACUGUGGGGACGACAUCAUCGAUGCACUUAUUGAUGAAGCCAGUGACUGAUGUGGUGUACUCCUCAAUGCUGUCUGAAGAAUCCCGGAACAUGUUCCAGUCUGUGCUAGCAAAACAGUCCUGUAGCUUAGCAUCUGCGUCAUCUGACCACUUUUUUAUUAGCCGAAUCACUGUACUGUACUGUACUGUACUGUACUGUGAGAUGGGGGCGCUGUACUGCAGCGCCCCCAUCUCCAUACCGGAGUCCUGGUUUAAAAAUGGACCAAUAGAAGUAUUAAGAGGGGUUCAUGCAGACGCAGAAAUGCCCACAUGUAUGAACACCCCCCAAUUGCGGGCCGCAAUUGCACCAUUCUCACUAGCUACAGUAGCCAAGCUACAUUUGUGUUGUUCAAGACAAACGGGCUUCAGUUAGCAGCAACGUGUACAUUCGAUGGAACAACAGUGGUAAUGAUUUAUCCUUGCUUAUAAAAGCAGGGUCGCUACAAUAUAUUCUGCCAACAUGAUAUAAUAGGACAAUGUCAUCCUGUUUUUCCAAAUGGUUAAGAAUCAUACAAUUGAUGCAUUUGUCAAUUGGCCAUGCUCCCAGCAGGCUUUGCGGUGCCAAUGUGAAAAGAUUAGUAUAAUAAUAUGCCAUUUAGCAGACGCUUUUAUCCAAAGCGAUUUACAGUCAUGCGUGCCUACAUUUUUGUGUACGGGUGGUCCCGGGGAUCGAACCCACUACCCUGGCGUUACAAGCGCCGUGCUUUUCCAGCUGAGCUGAGCUACCACUUGAAGCUUAUGUCAAUACAUUCCAGUCAAUGGGAAAAUAUGAGACUCACAGACAGACAGACAUGUCUCUCCCUCUCUCUCUACUUCUCUAGUCCCCCCUCUCUCUCUUCUCUCUCUAACCUCUCUCUCUCUAUCUCUAAUUCCCCCCUCUUUUCUUCUCUCUCUACCCCCUUUUCUCUCUAUUUUAAUCCCCCCUCCCUGUCUCUUCUUCGUCUAACUUCUUCUCUAUUCUCUAAUCCUCCUCUCCCUAUUCCUCCUCAAAUCUCGUCUCUUAAAAUCGUCCCUUCUCUCUCUUACCUCUCUUAUUAUCUCUAAUCCCCCUCUCCCCGUUCUUCUCUCUCUACCUUCUCUUCCCUAUUUCUAAUCCAUCCCCCCUCUCCCUGUCUUUUCUUUUCUAAAACCUUUUCUCUCUACUUCUCUAAUCCCCCUCUCCCUGGGCUCUUCUCUCUCUACCUCCCCUCCUCUAUUCUCUAAUCCCCCCUCUCCCUGUCUCUUCUCUCUCUACCUCUCUCUCUAUUCUCUAAUCCCCCCUCUCCCUGUCUCUUCUCUCUCUACCCCUCUCUUCCUAUUCUCUAAUCCCCCUUCUCCCUGUCUCUUCUCUCUCUACCUCCCUCUCUCUCUACUUCUCUAGUCCCCCCUCUCACUGUCUCUUCGCUCUUCCCUCUCAAUUUCAAUUUCAAUUUAAGGUCUUUAUUAGCAUGGGAAACGUGUGUUAACGUUGCCAAAGCAAGUGAAGUAGAUAGUAAACAAAAGUGAAAUAAACAAUAAAUAUUAACAGUAAACAUUACACUCAGAAGUUUCAAAAGAAUAAAGACAUUUCAAAUGUCAUAUUAUGUAUAUAUACAGUGUUGUAACAAUGUGCAAAUAGUUAAAGUACAAAUGGGAAAAUAAAUAAACAUAAAUAUGGGUUGUAUUUACAAUGGUGUUUGUUCUUCACUGGUUGCCCUUUUCUUGUGGCAACAGGUCACAAAUAUUGCAGCUGUGAUGGCACACUGGUUUUUCACCCAGUAGAUAAGGGAGUUUAUCAAAAUUGGGUUUGUUUUCGAAUUCUUUGUGGAUCGCUGUAAUCUGAGGGAAAUAUGUGUCUCUAAUAUGGUCAUACAUUUGGCAAGAGGUUAGGAAGUGCAGCUCAGUUUCCACCUCAUUUUGUGGGCAGUGUGCACAUAGCCUGUCUUCUCUUGAGUGCCAGGUCUGCCUACGGCGGCCUUUCUCAAUAGCAAGGCUAUGCUCACUGAGUCUGUACAUAGUCAAAGCUUUCCUUAAGUUUGGGUCAGUCACAGUGGUCAGGUAUUCUGCCACUGUGUACUCUCUGUUUAGGGCCAAAUAGCAUUCUAGUUUGCUCUGUUUUUUUGUUUGUUCUUUCCAAUGUGUCAAGUAAUUAUAUUUUUGUUUUCUCAUGAUUUGGUUGGGUCUAAUUGUGUUGUUGUUGUUGUUGUUGUCCUGGGGCUCUGUGGGGUCUGUUUGUGAACAGAGCCCCAGGACAAGCUUACUUAGGGGACUCUUCUCCAAGUUCAUCUCUCUGUAGGUGAGGGCUUUGUUAUGGAAGGUUUGGGAAUCGCUUCCUUUUAAGUGGUUAUAGAAUUUAACGGCUCUUUUCUGGAUUUUGAUAAUGAGCGGGUAUUGGCCUAAUUCUGCUCUGCAUGCAUUAUUUGGUGUUUUACGUUGUACACGGAGGAUGUUUUUGCAGAAUUCUGCAUGCAGAGUCUCAAUUUGGUGUUUGUCCCAUUUUGUGAAUUCUUGGUUGGUGAGCGGACCCCAGACCUCAGAACCAUAAAGGACAAUGGGUUCUAUAACUGAUUCAAGUAUUUUUAGCCAGAUCCUAAUUGGUAUGUCAAAUUUUAUCGCACACUUGUUGUUUGUGUACAUGGAUUUUAUAAUGUCGUGAGAGGGGGGGAGGGAGGGAGGGGGGGGGGGGGGAGAGGGGGAGGGGGGGAGGGAGGGGUGCAAUGGCUGACUUUUCAAACUAUUCAAGGUGCUGAAUUCCGAUUCCCUACCCGUCUUCCUGAAACGUGCUCUUUAAACAUGAAUGAACUAGAGAAGGAAUUUACACCCUGUUCCUUCCACCUGUCCUUUUUAGAUCGGACGACAAAUGAAGAGAAACUAAAUGGUGGAAUGGGUUCAUACUCAAAAACAUGUCGCAUAAAGCUUACUUCAUUCAGCGUGUUGGUACAAAUGUUAUUUUAAUUAAAAACAGCGUUUUUUAAAGAACAACAGAUGAGCAGCAGGUGAUUCUAAUCAGGGUGGCCACUCAUCGGCCAAUCAGGAAUGUGGCUUCUCUGGUCUACCUGUAUACAAAUGAGUCACAAAGAGAUACAGAAUUAUAGGGUAUGGGAGGGGCCACGAAGGGCAACUCACCAAUCAACCGCCCCAGGUGUCCCCUCACCUAAAUACAUCAUAUCAAUUCAUGAGAUAGGUUCAUAAAUAUGUGGAGCCAACUCAUAAACGAUAUGCAAAAUCUGAUAUGGACAGUGUUCUUGUAUAACAGUCUAAAUGUGGCUUAUAGGAAGGAGGUGAAAUCUAGUUCUUCGUUUUAAACCGUGUGGAGAUACAGAAUUGAUUUUAUAUAUCCACAUGGCUUCUCUUUUGAUGACAAGUCAGGGAGAAGGGAAGAAGAUUGUGACCCAACCUCCUCUCUCCCUCCAUCUCUUCUCUCUUUCCCCGUCCUAACAGAAUCCCCCUUUCCUCUGCCCUCCCUGGGCUUCCUGGUCCCUCCUCUCCGGAUGAUGUCAGCGGUCAUGUGGCAGGUGGUGCGCCAGGGCAACACAAAGCAUUAUGGGAAACUGGAGGAGUUUGUAUCCAUGGUCACAGAGGCGGUUCCAGAUCUCCUGUCCAACAGACAGAAGUGGCUGCUGACCCUGGCUCUCAGAGGACGGGUAAGAGACUCCCCAGCAUGCUUCAGCAGAAUCACUGAUCUACAAACUGGAACAAACUCAUUAUGUGGGGUCCAGAUUAGCAGCUUGCUCAGGCCAAUCCCCUGGAAGGUUCUGUUUGUGAUUGGAGGCUAAAAAAUUGGAACUCGCACAUGGAAGUCUGCUUGUUGCAGGUGCAUGGGAUUAAAAGAGAGACCUGCACACUACUCUUGCUAGUAUCUCUUAUGGUUUAUUAAGGUUGUGUGAUUGGAGGCUUCAUGCAGCAGUUGGUAACUGGUUGAUUCUUGUCUAAGGUGAGUCUACAACUAUUAGGGUCUGGGCAUCCGGAUGACCUCAAGGCUGUUCAAAGCCACCUGGAUAGAAUCACAACAUCUGGUCUCAAAGAGGUGAGUGUUUUAAUCAACUGGUGAGCAAUUCUGACAAGCCUGUUCUCUUAAACGGUAAGCAGUAAGGGGCAGUUUCCCGGACACAGACAGCCAAGUCCUGGACUAAAAAGCACUUUCAAAGGAGAUUCUCCGGGACUAGGCUCAGUCUGUGUCCAGGGAACCGCCACGGUUCAGCUUGUGAUGUUUGUCUGGACCCCUUAUGUGUUGCAGUCAAACGAUGCAGCGAUUGAAUUUGCUGAAGCCAACUUCCUGAAACUGAUCCAGAGCCUAGUGGAAGACCCAGAUAGGAGGAAACACUUCUUCAAGGUAUGAUACUUCUCCAAGUCACACUGAUACAGAUCCCAACUGAUGCACUGCACUUUAUCAGAUCAAGUUGACCUCAUGUUUAGUGCUAACCUCAAUACAAGGAAGUAUGCUGUUUUUUUAGACUAUUGAAACAGGUUGUAAGUCUCUCUUGUACAAUAGGUUGUGUUCCCGGUGAAGUAUGGACCUAACUUUGACUCAGCGCUGCAGAAUCUGGUGUAUCAUUUGCUGUCCAGACUAGAGGACCUACUGCCCAUCCCUGACUUCAAACAGGUACAGACAGACAGACAGACGGACGGAUAGAGACAGACUGACACAGACUGACAGACAGACUGACAGACAGCCACAGAGAGACACAGUAAGAUAGAGAAACAAUAGCUAUGUUUUGUUCUGAACAGUAAACUGGGUUCAGUAAGGUAAAACAUUGAGGAAAUUGCAGAUAUGUAAAUCUUUGUCGUCACAAUACAACUGAGUGGCGCUGUGGUCUAAGGCGCUGCAUCGCAGUGCUAACUGUGCCACUAGAGAUCCUGGUUCGAAUCCAGGCUCUGUCGCAGCCGGCCGCGACCGGGAGACUCAUGGGCGGCGCACAAUUGGCCCAGCGUCGUCCAGGGUAGGGGAGGGAAUGGCCGGCAGGGAUGUAGCUCAGUUGGUAGAGCAUGGCGUUUGCAACGCCAGGGUUGUGGGUCCAAUUCCCACGGGGGGCCAGUAUAAAAAAAUAUGUAUUCACUAACUGUAAGUCGCUCUGGAUAAGAGCGUCUGCUAAAUGACUAAAAUGUAAAUGUAACUGUCAUUUUCACCACUGCUCUCUCUGCUGUCUCCAGACUGCUUUGUUGAUCAGUGCUGCCCCCUCUGUUCUGGAGGACUCAAUGCACUGUGUCUCCCAUGGGGAGGAUCUGAAGUCUCUGCUACAGAACCGACAGUGCCACGGGAAACUCAAGCUGCCCAAGAGCGGUGAGCCUCUGUCUGCAUCCCAAAUGACCCUCUAUUCCCAUAGGGCUCUGCUCAAAAGUAGUGCACUAUGUAGGGAAGCAGUGUCCAACUCAUUCCACCGAGUGUGCUGGUUUUUGUUAUUUCCUUUCAAUUUGUGUCCAAUGACCUUCGACACGCAGGGUAACCAAUCAGUGAGUGGUCAUCAAGGCAAAGGGUGGCUAUUUGAAGAAUCUCAAAUAUAAAAUGUUUGAUUAGUUUAACACCCAUUUGGUUACUACAUGAUUCCAUAUGUGUUAUUUCAUAGUUUUGAUGUCUUCACUAUUAUUCUACAAUGUAGAAAAUAGUAAAAAAUAAAGAAUAACCCUUGAAUGAGUAGGUGUGUCCAAACUUUUGACUGGUACUGUAUAUAAUAACCUCACAAUUGUUUCCCAUUUUCUUUCCAUUGGUCCUGGUUGUCACUGUUCAGCUCCCUUGCGGACAGAGGACCGCCUCCUCAUCUCCUUAUCCUUCCCUCCCUCAAUGAGACUGGCCAAUGCCUCGCGCCCCAGCGCCAGCAAAUCAGAAGGCUUCCCUGACUGUGAGAACCCGCCCCCGCAGGUCAGAGAUUACCAGGGGACUAUGACUGACAGUUUGAGUGGCCAAUGGGCUGAGUCCAAAGCAAGUAUAGAUCAAAACAGGAUUGGAACAGAUUCAGUAGAACACCAAGGAGGUUCUCAAAGAAAGGACAACCAGAAGGACAACCAGAAGGACAACCAGAAGGACAACCAGAAGGACAACCAGAAGGACAAACAGAAGGACAACCAGAAGGACGUGAAGGAGAAAGGUGUGGAAAGACAACGUGUGCAGUUGUCUGAGGAAGGGAGGAAAGCACUAGACACUGAGCACCAAUACUCACUGAGCACCAACACUGCUCCUCAGACUGCUGAACAAGACACUGCCCCAUCAGCCAGCCAACAAGCUGCCUCCGUCUCUGCCCAGAGCACUACCUCAACAUCCAUCAACACUACACAAGGGCCCCCAACAGCCAACUCCAGCACCGUAUCGUCCUCCACCCCUGCCUCCAGCACCGUAUCGUCCUCCACCCCUGCCUCCAGCACCGUAUCGUCAGAGCAGCCUCGGCGGCGCGUUGCCCAUAAGUGCCCCCAGUGUGGCCGUUGUUUCAUCUACCGCUAUAAGAUGCUCGAGCACCAGAGACUCCACACAGGGGAGAACCCCUACAAGUGUUCCCAGUGUGGCAAGACCUUCAGAAGGUCCUCGGAGAUGUCCACCCACCGCCGGACACAGUGCUCCAACGCGGCCUACGUCUGUAUCAAAUGUGGAAGCAGUUUUGGGUCGGGCAGGGAGCGGGUCAGCCACCGGUGUUGUGGUAGCAAAGCGGCGGCGCCGAAGUUUGAAUGUCCGCAGUGCGGGAAGAACUUCAAGUGGCACAACUCGUUAAAGAAACACCUGGUAACCCACACCAGGAAGAAGGGCUUCAAUUGCAGGUACAUUAACAUUACACUAUUACGCUAAAUUCACCUUAUUCCCUAUAUAGUGCUUCAUUCUAUAGCUAGAGGACUCCUGAUAUCUCCAGGAGUGAUAAGUAUAAUGUUUUGUUUUAUCUGUUGUUGUCUAGUCCUGUCUUGUUGCUAGCUAAGGGCCAUCUACUGUGCUGCCUGUCUUCCCAGUAGCCUACUUGGUGUGUGAACUGCUGACUGCUCAUAAAUUGCAGCUGAUUGUUGACACAUCGACCAGGAUCAAGGGGCGGGGCAAUGUGUGACUGUUGUUGUUUUGGUAAUCCGUGGCUGUGUUGGAGGGGGAGUGGUUUCUCCUCGUUAAUCAACAAUUAGUACCGGGAGGUGUGCUCUGCACCUCUGGUAGGCAAUUAGCGUUAGUACUUCAGUCUAUCCUGUUUUCUCAGCGGCGGUCUCGUUGCUGAAACGAAGACGGUUCUGCUGAGUUGAUCUGCAGAGUUAUUCGAGGAAGGCUCCACACCUCUCAUCUCUCACUGAGUAUCUUAGUUAUUUUCAGAUGAUCUCAUUUUGCUCUUUUGUAGCUUUGUCAACUAUGUGUGUGUUUUCUAUACCUGUUGGCUCCUCCCCCUGAAGGCUUUACAGACAAACCCUUGGUUGCAACCUUUCUAAUUUAAUGUGCCUUGCGCACACAACCCAUGUGGAGUUCCUGGUCUCUGGCAGCGUUUGGAACGGCCCAACUGCAGUCAAGAACGCAGAGUUCAUCUCAGCCUGUGCUUCCCUUCAGUCCCCUGACGGAGACAUGGAUCACCCCAGAGAACACUGCUACUCCAGCUGCUCUCUCCUCAUCUGACUACGUUUUCUCUCAUAGUCCGAGAGCAUCUGGUCAUCACGGGGGUGGUACAGGUCUACUCAUUUCUCCUAAGUGGAGAUGUUCUCUUUCCUCCCUCUCUCACCUGUCCAUCUCAUUUCCUCCCUCUCUCACCUGUCCAUCUCCUUUCCUCCCUCUCUCACCUGUCCAUCUCCUUUCCUCCCUCUCUCACCUGUCCAUCUCCUUUCCUCCUUCUCUCACCUGUCCAUCUCCUUUCCCUCCCUCUCUCACCUGUCCAUCUCCUUUCCUCCCUCUCUCACCUGUCCAUCUCCUUUCCUCCCUCUCUCACCUGUCCAUCUCCUUUCCUCCUUCUCUCACCUGUCCAUCUCCUUUCCACCCUCUCUCACCUGUCCAUCUCCUUUCCUCCCUCUCUCACCUCUCACAUUUUAAUUAUGUGCUGUCACUGUCACUUGUCCACUCAAGCGUAACAUUGUUGCCAUCUAUCACCCACCUGGUGCCCUUAGAGAGUUCCUCAAUGAGCUUGACACCUUGAUAAGCUAAUUUCCCGACGAUGGCUCACUGCUCUUCGUACUGGGCGACUUCAACCUUCUCACUUCGACUCAUUUCUUUCCACCUCUUUCUUUCCCCUCCUUGCCUCUUUUGACCUCACCCUUUCCCAGUUCCCUCCCACUGACAGGGCAGGCAAUAGGCUUGACCUCAUCUUUACUAGAGGCUGUUCUCCUACUAUUCUCACUGCAACCCCCCUCCAGGUCUCUGAUCACUACUUUGUUUCCUUUUCUGUCUCCCUUCUCCUCCAACCCUACUUGCUCUCUUCUAUCCUAUCAUUUCUCCCUUCUGCUAAAUCCUUCUCCCUCCUGUCUCCUGAUUCUGCCUCUUCGACCCUACUCUCCUCCCUUUCCGCAUCCAAUGACUCACACUGUCCCCUUUCCUCCCGGCCGGCUCGGCCCUCUCCUCCUGCCCCAUAGGCCCACCCACUGGGGAGCCAGACCCAGCCAAUCAGAAUGAGUUUUUUCCCCACAAAAGGCCAGACAGAAAUACUCCUCAGUUUCAUCAGCUGUCUGGGUGGCUGGUCUCAGCUCCCGCAGGUGAAGAAGCCGGAUGUGGAGGUCCUGGGCUGGCGUGGAGGUCCUGGGCUGGCGUGGAGGUCCUGGGCUGGCGUGGAGUGUCCUGGCGCUGGCUGUGUGAGGUCCUGGGCUGGCGUGGAGGUCCUGGGCUGGCGUGGAGGUCCUGGGCUGGCGUGGAGGUCCUGGGCUUGGCGUGGAGGUCCUGGGCUGGCGUGGAGGUCCUGGGGCUGGCGUGGAGGUCCUGGGGCUGGCUGGAGGUCCUGGGCUGGCGUGGAGGUCCUGGGCUGGCGUGGAGGUCCUGGGCUGGCGUGGAGGUCCCUGGGCUGGCGUGGAGGUCCUUGGGUGCUGGCGUGGUAGUUGUGGUCUGGGGAGGUCCUGGGCUGGCGUGGAGGUCCUGGGCUGGCGUGGUUACAUGUGGUCUGGGGAGGUCCUGUGGCUGGCGUGGAGGUCCUGGGCUGGCGUGGAGGUCCUGGGCUGGCGUGGAGGUCCUGGGCUGGCGUGGAGGUCCUGGGCUGGCGUGGAGGUCCUGGGCUGGCGUGGAGGUCCUGGGCUGGCGUGGAGGUCCUGGGCUGGCGUGGAGGUCCUGGGCUGGCGUGGAGGUCCUGGGCUGGCGUGGUUACACGUGGUCUGGGGAGGUCCUGGGCUGGCGUGGUUACACGUGGUCUGGGGAGGUCCUGGGCUGGCGUGGUUACACGUGGUCUGGGGAGGUCCUGGGCUGGCGUGGUUACACGUGGUCUGGGGAGGUCCUGGGCUGGCGUGGUUACACGUGGUCUGCGGAGGUCCUGGGCUGGCGUGGUUACACGUGGUCUGGGGUUGUGAGGCCGGUUGGACGUACUGCCAAAUUCUCUAAAACGACGUUGGAGGCAUUACAUUAUCUGGCAACAGCCCUGGUGGACAUUCCUGCAGUCAGCAUGACAAUUGUACGCUCCCUCAAAACUUGAGACAUCUGUGGCAUUGUGUUGUAUGAAAAAACUGCACAUUUUAGAGUGGCCUUUUAUUGUCCCAAGCACAAGGUGCACCUGUGUAAUGAUCAUGGUGUUUAAUCAGCUUCUUGAUAUGCCACACCUGUCAGGUGGAUGGAUUAUCUUGGCAAAGGAGAAAUGCUCACCAACAGGGAUGUAAAGAAAUGUGUGCAAUUAUUUUGUGAGAAAUACGGGUUUUGUGCAUAUGGAACAUUUCUGGGAUCUUUUAUUUCAGCUCAUGAAACAUGGGACCAACACUUUACAAAUCAAAUCAAAUCAAAUGUUAUUUGUCACAUGCGCAGAAUACAACAGGUGUUGACCUUACAGUGAAAUACUUACUGACAAGCCCUUAACCAACAAUGCAGAUUUAAGAAAAAUAAGUGUUAAGUACAAAAUAGAUAAGUAAGAAAUAACAUGGUUAAAGAGCAGCAGUAAAAUAACAGUAGGGAGGCUAUAUACAGGGGGUACCGGUACAGAGGCUAUAUACAGGCUAUAUACAGGGGGGACCGGUACAGAGGCUAUAUACAGGGGGGACCGGUACAGAGGCUAUAUACAGGGGGGACCGGUACAGAGGCUAUAUACAGGGGGGACCGGUACAGAGGCUAUAUACAGGCUAUAUACAGGGGGGACCGGUACAGAGGCUAUAUACAGGCUAUAUACAGGCUAUAUACAGGGGGGACCGGUACAGAGGCUAAUAUAACAGGCUAAUACAGGCUAUAUACAGGGGGGGGACUGGGACAGAGGCUAUAUACAGGCUAUAUACAGGGGGGACUGGGACAGAGGCUAUAUACAGGCUAUAUACAGGGGGGACUGGGACAGAGGCUAUAUACAGGCUAUAUACAGGGGGGACCGGUACAGAGGCUAAAUACAGGCUAUAUACAGCUAUAUACAGGGGGGACCGGUACAGAGGCUAUAUACAGGCUAUAUACAGCUAUAUACAGGGGGGACCGGGACAGAGUCAAUGUGAAAUAACAGUAGGGAGGCUAUAUACAGGGGGUACCGGUACAGAGUCAAUGUGUAAUAACAGUAGGGAGGCUAUAUACAGGGGGUACCGGUACAGAGUCAAUGGGAAAUAACAGUAGGGAGGCUAUAUACAGGGGGUACCGGUACAGAGUCAAUGGGAAAUAACAGUAGGGAGGCUAUAUACAGGGGGUACCGGUACAGAGUCAAUGGGAAAUAACAGUAGAGAGGCUAUAUACAGGGGGUACCGGUACAGAGUCAAUGGGAAAUAACUGUAGGGAGGCUAUAUACAGGGGGUACCGGUACAGAGUCAAUGGGAAAUAACAGUAGGGAGGCUAUAUACAGGGGGUACCGUUACAGAGUCAAUGGGAAAUAACAGUAGGGAGGCUAUAUACAGGGGGUACCGGUACAGAGUCAAUGUGUAAUAACAGUAGGGAGGCUAUAUACAGGGGGGUACCGGUACAGAGUCAAUGGGAAAUAACUGUAGGGAGGCUAUAUACAGGGGGGUACCGGUACAGAGUCAAUGGGAAAUAACAGUAGGGAGGCUAUAUACAGGGGGUACCGUUACAGAGUCAAUGGGAAAUAACAGUAGGGAGGCUAUAUACAGGGGGUACCGGUACAGAGUCAAUGGGAAAUAACAGUAGGGAGGCUAUAUACAGGGGGUACCGUUACAGAGUCAAUGGGAAAUAACAGUAGGGAGGCUAUAUACAGGGGGUACCGGUACAGAGUCAAUGGGAAAUAACAGUAGGGAGGCUAUAUACAGGGGGUACCGGUACAGAGUCAAUGGGAAAUAACAGUAGGGAGGCUAUAUACAGGGGGUACCGGUACAGAGUCAAUGGGAAAUAACAGUAGGGAGGCUAUAUACAGGGGGUACCGGUACAGAGUCAAUGGGAAAUAACAGUAGGGAGGCUAUAUACAGGGGGUACCGGUACAGAGUCAAUGGGAAAUAACAGUAGGGAGGCUAUAUACAAGGGGGUACCGGGACAGAGUCAAUGUGUAAUAACAGUAGGAGGCUAUAUACAGGGGGUACCGGUACAGAGUCAAUGGGGAAAUAACAGUAGGGAGGCUAUAUACAGGGGGUACCGGUACAGAGUCAAUGUGUAAUAACAGUAGGGAGGCUAUAUACAGGGGGUACCGGUACAGAGUCAAUGGGAAAUAACUGUAGGGAGGCUAUAUACAGGGGGUACCGGUACAGAGUCAAUGGGAAAUAACAGUAGGGAGGCUAUAUACAGGGGGGUACCGUUACAGAGUCAAUGGGAAAUAACAGUAGGGAGGCUAUAUACAGGGGGUACCGGUACAGAGUCAAUGGGAAUAACAGUAGGGAGGCUAUAUACAGGGGGUACCGUACAGAGUCAAUGGGAAAUAACAGUAGGAGGCUAUAUACAGGGGUACCGGUACAGAGUCAAUGGGAAAUAACAGUAGGGAGGCUAUAUACAGGGGGUACCGGUACAGAGUCAAUGGGAAAUAACAGUAGGGAGGCUAUAUACAGGGGGUACCGGUACAGAGUCAAUGGGAAAUAACAGUAGGGAGGCUAUAUACAGGGGGUACCGGUACAGAGUCAAUGGGAAAUAACAGUAGGGAGGCAUAUAACAGGGGGUACCGGGACAGAGUCAAUGUGUAAUAACAGUAGGGAGGCUAUAUACAGGGGGUACAGGUACAGAGUCAAUGGGAAAUAACAGUAGGGAGGCUAUAUACAGAGGGGUACCGGUACAGAGUCAAUGGGAAAUACAGUAGGGAGGCUAUUACAGGGGUACCGGUACAGAGUCAAUGGGAAAUACAGUUGGGAGGCUAAUACAGGUGGGUACCGGUACAGAGUCAAUGGGAAUAACAGUAGGGAGGCUAUAUACAGGGGUACCGGUACAGAGUCAAUGGAAAUAACAGUAGGGAGGCUAUAUACAGGGGUACCGGUACAGAGUCAAUGUGAAAUAACAGUAGGGGUACCGGUACAGAGUCAAUGGGAAAUAACAGUAGGGAGGCUAUAUACAGGGGGUACCGGACAGAGUCAAUGUGCGGGGGCACAGGUUAGUCGAGGUAAUUGAGGUGUUGCGUUUAUAUUUUUGUUCAGUAUACUUUUGACCAGGGCCCACAGGGAUUCGGUCGAAAGUAGUGCACUAUGUAGGGAACAGGGAGGCAUUUGGGACUCACACUGAUUCAUGAUUGGUGACUCACACUGUGAUUCAUGAUUGGUGACUCACACUGUGAUUCAUGAUUGGUGACUCACACUGUGAUUCAUGAUUGGUGACUCACACUGUGAUUCAUGAUUGGUGACUCACCCUGUGAUUCAUGAUUGGUGACUCACACUGUGAUUCAUGAUUGGUGACUCACACUGUGAUUCAUGAUUGGUGACUCACACUGUGAUUCAUGAUUGGUGACUCACACUGUGAUUCAUGAUUGGUGACUCACACUGUGAUUCAUGAUUGGUGACUCACACUGUGAUUCAUGAUUGGUGACUCACACUGUGAUUCAUGAUUGGUGACUCACACUGUGAUUCAUGAUUGGUGACUCACACUGUGAUUCAUGAUUGGUGACUCAUGAGGGAAAUAAUGUUUUGUAUUUAAUGUCCUGUAAGGGAAAAGCAGAAAUCUGUGUCCCAAAUGGCAGCCUAUCCCUUAUUGGCCCUGGUCUACAGUAGUGCACUAUAUAAGGGAACAGGGAGGCAUUUGGGACUCAGGCAAUAAAGGCUACCUUAUAUAAAGUGCUAUCCUGUGUAUUGUCAGGUACUGUGGUGAGGGGCCGUUCCCGGGCGUCGCCGAGCUGAGGGCCCACCAGAAGGCCCAUGACGGAGAAGAGAAGCCCUACAAGUGUGAACAGUGUGGAAAGUGCUUCAGCUCCCAGGUAUUCUGUUGUAUUCAGCUCCCAGGUGUUCUGUUGUAUUCAGCUCCCAGGUGUUCUGUUGUAUUCAGCUCCCAGGUGUUCUGUUGUAUUCAGCUCCCAGGUGUUCUGUUGUAUUCAGCUCCCAGGUGUUCUGUUGUAUUCAGCUCCCAGGUGUUCUGUUGUAUUCAGCUCCCAGGUGUUCUGUUGUAUUCAGCUCCCAGGUGUUCUGUUGUAUUCAGCUCCCAGGUGUUCUGUGUAUUCAGCUCCCAGGUGUUCUGUUGUAUUCAGCUCCCAGGUGUUCUGUUGUAUUCAGCUCCCAGGUGUUCUGUUGUAUUCAGCUCCCAGGUGUUCUGUUGUAUUCAGCUCCCAGGUGUUCUGUUGUAUUCAGCUCCCAGGUGUUCGUUGUAUUCAGCUCCCAGGUGUUCUGUUGUAUUCAGCUCCCAGGUGUUCUGUUGUAUUCAGCUCCCAGGUGUUCUGUUGUAUUCAGCUCCCAGGUGUUCUGUUGUAUUCAGCUCCCAGGUGUUCUGUUGUAUUCAGCUCCCAGGUGUUCUGUUGUAUUCAGCUCCCUGGUGUUCUGUUGUAUUCAGCUCCCAGGUGUUCUGUUGUAUUCAGCUCCCAGGUAUUCUGGUGUAUUCAGCUCCCAGGUGUUCUGUUGUAUUCAGCUCCCAGGUGUUCUGUUGUAUUCAGCUCCCAGGUGUUCUGUUGUAUUCAGCUCCCAGGUGUUCUGUUGUAUUCAGCUCCCAGGUGUUCUGUUGUAUUCAGCUCCCAGGUGUUCUGUUGUAUUCAGCUCCCAGGUGUUCUGUUGUAUUCAGCUCCCAGGUGUUCUGUUGUAUUCAGCUCCCAGGUGUUCUGUUGUAUUCAGCUCCCAGGUGUUCUGUUGUAUUCAGCUCCCAGGUGUUCUGUUGUAUUCAGCUCCCAGGUGUUCUGUUGUAUUCAGCUCCCAGGUGUUAUGUUGUAUUCAGCUCCCUUGUGUUCUGUUGUAUUCAGCUCCCAGGUGUUCUGUUGUAUUCAGCUCCCAGGUAUUCUGGUGUAUUCAGCUCCCAGGUGUUCUGUUGUAUUCAGCUCCCAGGUGUUCUGUUGUAUUCAGCUCCCAGGUGUUCUGUUGUAUUCAGCUCCCAGGUGUUCUGUUGUAUUCAGCUCCCAGGUAUUCUGGUGUAUUCAGCUCCCAGGUGUUCUGUUGUAUUCAGCUCCCAGGUGUUCUGUUGUAUUCAGCUCCCAGGUGUUCUGUUGUAUUCAGCUCCCAGGUGUUCUGUUGUAUUCAGCUCCCAGGUGUUCUGUUGUAUUCAGCUUAAAUAUGUCUAAUAAAAUUCCUUUAGGGCUGGCUACAUGGGCAUGAGCAGCGUCACUCCCAAGAGAGGUCCAAGAUCUGCCCCAGUUGUGGAAAGGCCUUCAGAUGCAAAGGAGACCUGAAGCUCCACAUGCGGACCCACACCGGCGAGAGGCCAUACCAGUGCACCUACUGCGCCAAGCGGUUCUCUGUGAACGGAAACCUGACCAUACACAUCAGAACACACACAGGGGAGAAACCUUUCCUCUGCUCCGACUGCGGCAAGACUUUCUGCUCUGCGGGAGAGCUACAGAUCCACAGGAGAACACACACCGGGGAGAGACCGUACAAGUGCACCGUCUGCGAGAAAGGCUUCACCAUGGCUAGUCAGGUGACUCUCCACAUGCGGAUACAUACGGGGGAACGACCCUACGUGUGUCACGAGUGUGGAAAGGCAUUUCGUCGCGGUGCGGAGUUGAAGACCCACAUCCUGAAUCACACUGGGGUGAGACCGUACCCCUGUCGUCUCUGUUCUAAGACGUACACCUGCCUCAGUCACCUGAAGAGACAUUUGAAGACUCACGGGGCCCAGUCGGUGGAUAUGAGCAGUGGCUUGUCUGUAGCUGCUGUGUAAUAGACCAUUUUGAAGAGUUAACACCAUGUUUUGUCAAUUUAAAUAUUUUUAUUUUCUGACGGCAGCUUAUGCUGCUUAUAUUAAGAGGUAGUUGACUGACGGGGUAUGUUUGGUUAUUGCUACUAUCAGGUUUAAGACUGUUGCUAUGCUUCUAGAGCAAGACAAGUUAAAUAUUUAUUUGCUGCAGUUCUAGGCGUUUUUAUAAUAAUUUUGAUCGUGUCUUAGAUUGAAGCUUUUGGAUGGCAGCGGUAGCUAGAGUUUCUGUUCAUCUCACAUGCCAAGUUAAGCUGUUUCUGUUCAUCUCACAUGCCAAGUUAAGCUGUUUCUGUUCAUCUCACAUGCCAAGUUAAUCAGCAAUGGAAAGUGGUUUGUUGACUAACAGAACCAUUGGUUGGACAUGGAGGUCUCGCCCAGCCCACCUUAAUUAUGAGGGUAUGCGAUCAUGUUUUUUACCCUAUUUUUCAAUAAACACAUUUUCUGCAGAAGAAAUUACUCACUUAAACUCAAUUUCACACUGACUUGACCUUGGUCAAAUUGUAUUUUACAAAGAACGAAUUAUUGUUUUGAAUAUGUUCAUUGAAAUGAAAAUAUUGAAAAUGAUUUCUUGACUAUUGACAUUUCUAUUAAGCUUCUAUAAUAUAAUACUAUUUAAGAGUCCAAUAACAAUGUAGAAAAAUAAGUUAUUUAUCCUCAACUUCUCUGUCUCCACUCCCAUUGGAUUGCACGUCGAACACAGAGUUGGGUGUAUGUGGAAGCCUCUGUGUCCGACGAGGCGUUGGUCUUUGAGGAGAGCGAGCCAAAAGGGGGCAUCUGAAAUCAAGAAGAGGGUUCAGUGAGAGAAAGACUACGGGAUAAUCUCAAUGCAUACUCCUCACCGCUUUCUCAAAACCCAUUGGAUGAGAAAGCCAGAGGUCCCGCCCCUCUGACCAUCUCCUCCAAUGAGUUUUGAGAAGGAGGUGAGGAGUAUGCAUUGAGAUUAUCCCCCUGUAACGCCCCAACGGGGACAAUGGCAACCAGCGUCACCAACAGUGGUCAAAGCAGAAAACGAAAUCAGGCGAUAACCGUUUUUACAGAAUUGUUUCUCCUUCCAUUCCUGAAGGACCCCCGGGGGGAUUGAGAAAACACUGUUCUAAACAUCAUCCAGCUAACAAGGCCGUUUUAGUACUUGUCAGUGCUGGGCUUUGUGGCAGGGCUCUUGUUGGCCAUCGAUGUGGGCGGUCAUCUCCUUCCUGUUAGGGGUAGUGACCACACUGGACACAGCUGUAGUGCCCCCUGGUGUGCUUCCACAGAAUGCAGCUGUUGAAGGACUGACCUGGGAUGGGAGGGGAGGAUGAACAGGGCGUGAGUCCCAAUAAUCUCCUUUCUCCUGAAGUGUACAAUCAUUCACUGCUUCCCACUAAUCUAAAAGCAUUGUAUUGGUGGAGGCAUCGGCUAGUGGGAUUUUCCACCAUAUUUAUGAUACCAGUCAUUUGCUUUGAAAUCAGUGAGGAGAAGUGAACAAGUGCACACUUUGGGAUGAAGGACAGGUAAUUGGGACAUGUCUCUAGGGUUAUAGGGUAAAUGUAGUAUCAUUAGUACAGUGGUUUUAGUUUGGGUCAAAGCAUAUGUAACCUGGGUCAAAGCAUAUGUAACAUGGGUCAAAGCAUAUGUAACCUGGGUCAAAGCAUAUGUAACCUGGGUCAAAGCAUAUGUAACCUGGGUCAAAGCAUAUGUAACAUGGGUCAAAGCAUAUGUAACAUGGGUCAAAGCAUAUGUAACCUGGGUCAAAGCAUAUGUAACCUGGGUCAAAGCAUAUGUAACCUGGGUCAAAGCAUAUGUAACCUAAACACCACAAAAAGCUCAAGGUUAUUGACAAGGGACGAAGUGAAGGCUGGUGAACACGAUUCAACAUAGAUGAGGAAAGGCUGACGGACACACAAUGAAGCCACAAGCUCUCAGUCCUGUAUUCCUGAGCGUACAUUAGACAGACCUUUACUAAAACCCCUUUCAGACAAAGGUUCCACUCAUUGACCUGCUUCUUUUGUCCUGCUUUCUGGUAUAUCUGAAAGUGGGAGGGGAUUUUAAAAAAAACAUGGUUAAAUAAAAGCCACCAAAAGACCUAGUCAUGAUUCCUGCAUUUUCACAGACCCUGUAACCAAAAUACAGGUAUCAGGUCUGUGUGAAUGGUUCUCUGCUUUUUUGCAGGUCAAUUCAUUAACACUUCCAUUGUUUAACCUCUAUGACUUGAAAUGCACCACACACAACACCUCCCACCCGUCCAAAUUUGCCAGUUACCCACUUGUAUGUAUAAAAGGGGUAUGCCAAUAAAAAAAAGUAAAAAUUUUUUGUCACAUGCGCUGAAUACAACCUUACAGUGAAAUGCUUACUUACAAGCCCUUAACCAACAAUGCAGUUUUAAGGAAAAUAAGAGUUAAGAAAAUAUUUACUAAAUAAACUAAAGUUAAUUUAUUUUAUUUUAUUUAAAUAACGCAAUAAAAUAACAAUAAUGAGGCUAUAUACAGGGGGUACCGGUACCGAGUCAAUGUGUGGGGGUACAGGUUAGUCGAGGUAAUAUGUACCUGUAGGUAGGGGUAAAGUGCAUUGUUGGAAAAGGACCCGGAAGCAUUUCACUGUUAGUCUACACCUGUUGUUUACGAAGCAUGUGACAAAUUACAUUUGAUUUGAUACCUGCAAGAAAGUGGUAAACAAGGGGGUGUUUGAAAGGGGGUCAAAUAAACAUCUCCUUAUAUAUUACAGGUAAUAUACCACAUCUCCUUAUAUAUUACAGGUAAUAUACCACAUCUCCUUAUAUAUUACAGGUAAUAUACCACAUCUCCUUAUAUAUUACAGGUAAUAUACCACAUCUCCUUAUAUAUUACAGGUAAUAUACCACAUCUCCUUAUAUAUUACAGGUAAUAUACCACAUCUCCUUAUAUAUUACAGGUAAUAUACCACAUCUCCUUAUAUAUUACAGGUAAUAUACCACAUCUCCUUAUAUAUUACAGGUAAUAUACCACAUCUCCUUAUAUAUUACAGGUAAUAUACCACAUCUCCUUAUAUAUUACAGGUAAUAUACCACAUCUCCUUAUAUAUUACAGGUAAUAUACCACAUCUCCUUAUAUAUUACAGGUAAUAUACCACAUCUCCUUAUAUUACAGUAAUUACCACAUCCUUAUAUAUUACAGGUAAUAUACCACAUCUCCUUAUAUAUUACAGGUAAUAUACCACAUCUCCUUAUAUAUUACAGGUAAUAUACCACAUCUCCUUAUAUAUUACAGGUAAUAUACCACAUCUCCUUAUAUAUUACAGGUAAUAUACCACAUCUCCUUAUAUAUUACAGGUAAUAUACCACAUCUCCUUAUAUAUUACAGGUAAUAUACCACAUCUCCUUAUAUAUUACAGGUAAUAUACCACAUCUCCUUAUAUAUUACAGGUAAUAUACCACAUCUCCUUAUAUAUUCUACAGGUAAUAUACCACAUCUCCUUAUAUAUUUUGAGGGAGGGGUCUGGGGUGCAGGGGAGGGGUUUGGGGUUUGAGGGAGGGGUCUGGGGUGCAGGGGAGGGGUUUGGGGAGGGGUCUGAGGUGCAGGGGAGGGGUUUGGGGAUUUGAGGGAGGGGUCUGGGGUGCAGGGGAGGGGUCUGGGGUGCAGACCACACACUCCAGCACAGUCGGUGGCGGCAUGCACCUUUAACGUUUGUUUGCGGACCGCCAUUUUAUCAUAGAAGAAGAAGAAGAAUUUGAGUUUGAGUAGAAAACUGUGCUAAACAGAUCAUCUUUGAUCAAAUCUGAUCAGGGGGCUAUGCGUUCAAAUCAAUACAUAUAGCUAGCUAGCUAUAUACUUUUAAACAAAUUUGUCAAAUCAGUAAUUUUUGCUCUUGCUUACAGUCAUUGCUAACGACAAACAUCAUUCAAUACAUUUACGUCAUUUAGCAGACGCUCUUAUCCAGAGCGACUUUACAGUUAGUGAAUGCAUAAAUUAUUAUUUUUUUCAUACUGGCCCCCCGUGGGAAUCGAACCCACAACCCUGCCGUUGCAAGCGCCAUGCUCUACCAACUGAGCUACACGGGGCCAAUACAACAGAUGAUGGUGGCAUGCCGCUCCAAGAUCCGUGACUAAUUGCCAUGCUGGUUCUACCAUGAGUAGCUUGGUUCUACCAUGAGUAGCUUGGUUCUACCAUGAGUAGCUUGCCAGCAAAUUGUAAAGUCAAUUAACCUAGCUAAUCAAACUGCCGUACACUACACCCAGCAAGCAGUCCUAUUCUCCUCACGUUUUCUCAUGUAGCUAGCUAAAACUGGCCUGGCUAGCUAGCCAGUAAAUUAGCUAGCUAACAUUAGUUAGCAUUGGCAUUAUUUAGCCCAAAGCCUAGGCCGGCAGACGGCAAUAUUGAGACUUUUAAUCUUUAAGUCGAAAGGCAUUGUUGCAGCCGUCUAUACAUAAAACAUUCUCCAUUCGGGCUGCAAAAGCAUUGUCGAGAAGGUGGAAAAAAACAGGUAAAGUAUGUAUACUGACUUUAUGAAAGUUGAGUCCUUUAAAAUGUGAUCCAAGCAGAGAGCAGUGCCAUAAGGACCUUCACCUUCCGCCCAAGUCUACGGCUACAUCCGUCACACCUUCGCCCUGCGGCUGCCAGACCAAGCCACCAUCAGGAGAUGGUUCGGUGUCACUAACGGCAGCCCUGGUUUCAACCACACUGUGCUGGAGUCGCUGGAGGCUAAGGUGGCUAAGGUGAAUGAGGAGAAGGGAGAGGGCAGAGAGCCCUUCUAA